ACCACUUCAGGUGGUUUGUGGGUGAAACUGACCAUAGUCAGGUUCUAGACAGUGCACUAGCUACUGGUUUUGUAACCAUCAAACAAAAUCAAUGCUCUUAAUCUAAGCUAGUGGUUUGUGGUGUUUAGGUGUAGUAAUUCUGACCAUAGGUCAUGUGCCAUUCUAGGAACAGUCCACUAGUGCUGUAGGUAUGGCUGAGGGGCUGCUCAAGUCAGUGACUGGCCAACUCAAGCCUGUUUCCAACACUGUGUUUGAUAACCCCAAGGCAGAUGAGGGUAGUAAGAAGAACGGUAAAAAUGAAGGAAACUCCGGUAAAAAUAUUGCUCUAAAAGAGUUUUUCUGGGAUCAGUUUCUCACAUACAUAGCUACUGGAAUUGCGUUACUAACGGUCCUAGAUGCUAGUAUCCAGUUUUUCCGGUCCAGUGGUCUUCAGUGUUACGUACCCAUGAAUGUUCUCCCUCAAGAGUUCACUAGAGACAAUGCAGCUUUUGUUAACACUUUCUGUCUCAGUAGUCUCUCUUGGAGUGAGUACUACACUGUGUUCAUUCUCAUUCAAGGAAUUGUUAUAGUUGCCCCUCACUAUCUGUGGUCGUCCGUUUUCAGUGGAAGGUUUGAUUUCUUUGUGGAUUUGGUGAAGCAAAUUGAUCGGCUUAGAGAUAGCGAUACCGGUGAUUUCAGACCAAAGAAUAUCGAUAUUGUUAAAAAAUUGGAGCAAGAGUUCCCCGAGAAAUGGAAGUGGACAGGAAUAUUUGUACUGUAUAUUGUCAAACUUUUGGCUCAGUUUCUAGCUGUUGUAAUUUCGCUCCUUGUCAAUAUCUUUGUUUUUCCCCAAGAGAGUUUUGCUUUUGUUUUUUCCUGUCCGCGUGACUUCAAUGGUUCCACUGAUCAGGUUGAAGGGUGGUUGUUUCCCAUAGCUGUGUCUUGCUCUUACCCUUCAUUCAGAGUGCUCUCAAGAAUCCAAAUUGCCAACUACGUUCUCCUUGUGUUAGCGCUUGGCUCAGUUGUAUAUGGUAUUCUUUGGUGUUUUAAGAGGCAUUCGAGUAGCUUGGGCUACAAAGAUGUUGCAAAAUUUGCCUUCUCUGCUUGUCUGGCUCCGGAGGAGUAUGUGUGUGAAUCGCUAUUGAAGAAUCCCUUCCAUCCAAGAAUUAGGAACGACCUUGACUUUCUUGUGAUGAUUCUAUUCAGAGCCGAUUCUGGUCAUGGACGUGUUUUUAAAGACAUUCAAGUUAGCAAAGAGAUCAAGAAUCAGAUUACUGAUGAUCAUGUGAAACUUCAUCUCUUGAAUGACGCUAUUAAAGACAAUUUAAGAAACAAGAGAACAGGAGGGAUGUCUCCACGAGACAAAGACAUUAGAGAGAUCUUCCUUAAAUCAGGUUUUGAUAACUAUCCAGAGGUUGAAAUUCACAAUGUUAUUUUGGGAGAAGAACGUCUUGGCAACAUGAAGUUUGAACCAGUUGGUGGUCUUCGCGACCGACUGUUUGGGUUUUUGCAAUUCUCCCCAGCCAAUGACAUGGCGUACGACAUCUCAUUUGGUACUGUUGGGUGUGCCCUUAUUCUGGCCAGAGGAUUCAAACAGGUGGUGUCUGUGAACUUCCACCCGUUCUAUCGCAAUGUUGAAGAGGUGGUGAAGAAAGAAGUGUUUCAAGUCAACUACAGCAGUGUCAUUGUGCAGCAGGACAUCUUUGCUCAGAAAACAGAGAACCUGAGAAUGACAGACGAAGCUAUCGAUGAUGAGUUAAAUUUCCGUGAUCCGGAGACACGUGCUGUAUUGGAAACGAAGCAGAUAAACUUCAUUGUUGUUGGACCGUUUGUACAAGAAGCCACCAAAGGAACUGUGAACCUGCACAUUGAGAGGAUGAAUACUGGAAGGUACUUCAGCAAGAAUUGUGUCCUCCUGGCUAUUAGGCCCGUCAAGAUAGCUGACAAAGAUGUCUCUGAACACUUCUGCAAGUAUGAGCCUGCAAAGGAGUUGUUUCUAAAGCAGAUGGAAAUAGACACUAAGUUAAAGGAUGCUUUUCCGCUCCUUGACGAUGGUCUUGUGCCUGUCGAAUGUGCAGGUGCACGUGUUGAGUGUAUGUUUGAAUUCAUUGGCUACUCGUAUCAAGGACAGGAAGAGCCAACCUUGAGACGCCGACCCCCCAGGCAACCCCCCCACGAACCCCCUCAGUUUGCUAGAUCCGGUGAGAUCCGGUCUCUAAGUCAUUCCCCUCGAUCCGCGUCGAAUAAUCGACCCCCUGUGUUACCCUCACUCUCUACCGCUUCGUUACAUGACCCUAGCCGUUCUGAAAAUGAUCUCCUCCAAUUUUCUCCUCCCACACCUGACAUUAAGGACAACCGUUCCCGCGUCCUGCUUUCUAAGAAGACUAAUGUCGAAGCUACCUCCAACACUCUCGCUCAGUCCACUGAACACUUUGGCUACCCCAUCUCCGACCUUCAGUACCUGCAACCAUUGAGUGGUAGCCAACCCACUCCACAGUUUACUAAUAGUCCUACUAAUAGUCCACCUGGAACUCCAGUUUAAGGGACUAAAGGGAAAAGUCAGGCUUGAUGAAAAUUCCUGUACCUGACCCAGCAAAAUUUCGCUAAACUAACUAUCAUUAAUCCUAUCUUAGCUUACACACUUUUCUAACCUCAUGUUAUUAAUCCGAGGUACGUGGUGCAUAUCAGUGUAUUAAUUUUGUGAAAUGUGUGUUCUGUAUUUUGA